GGUGGCGCGGGGCACGAGCGGGGACGCCGGACGCGCCGCGCCGCGCCAGUCGCAGCUCCGCCGCCACCCGCACCGGCCGCCACGCGCGCCGAUCGCGACGCGACGCUGAAAAUCGAUGCACGAUCAGCAACCGGCUUUCAACACGUUUCAACUCGCGGACGAUGCUUUUAUGUGCUGUAUCAGUAGUAGCUAGUCGAUCGCGUCCAGCCGUGUUGUUUAGUCAGAUCCUUAAUCGCCACAAACUAUCUCGUUCUUUUCAAGUGUAAAUUGAUUGUGACGAAAGCAUCUGAGUUACAUAGGGGGCCGCCUGACGUUUAUUUUGUGUGUACCUAUCUAAACUGUUAUCACAACAUAGUGCACAGGAUUGAUAGUGAUGUGAGGAUGUUUGUGCUUGGUCAUGUCGGUGGCGAAGAAAGAUAAGCCGACAAUGUCGGUGACGGCGCUGAUGAACUGGGCGAGGCCGCCGCCACCGACUCCUCAACAGCCGUCGCCGGCGACCCCUGCGCCGAUGACAGGCUUCCUCCAGCCGCUGCAGACGCAGUCCAGCUUGGUGCCAAACGAUUGUUCUCUCGACAUGCAAUUGUUUUUGUCCUCAGGGCUGAAUUUGGAGAAUUCUACGUUCAUGUCGCCGAUGUCUCCGCCUGAGAUGAAGCCAGACACGGCGAUGCUGGACGGGCUCCGGGACGACGCCACGUCUCCCCCCUCUUUCAAGAACUACCCCCCAAAUCACCCGCUGAGUGGCUCCAAGCACCUGUGUUCCAUAUGCGGUGAUAGGGCAUCUGGAAAGCAUUAUGGAGUAUACAGCUGCGAAGGUUGCAAAGGAUUUUUCAAACGGACGGUCCGGAAGGACCUCUCGUACGCGUGUCGCGAAGAGAGGAAUUGCAUCAUAGACAAGCGGCAAAGGAACAGAUGCCAGUACUGUCGGUACCAAAAGUGCCUCGCGUGCGGGAUGAAGCGGGAGGCCGUGCAGGAGGAGAGGCAGCGAGCGGCGAGGGGCACAGAAGACGCGCACCCCAGCAGCUCGGUACAGGUGAGCGCAGAGGAGCUGUCAAUCGAGCGUCUGCUGGAGAUGGAAGCCCUGGUGGCGGACACCAGCGAGGAGUUCCAGUUCCUGCGCGUGGGCCCCGACAGCAACGUGCCGCCCAAGUUCCGCGCGCCCGUCUCCAGUCUCUGUCAGAUAGGCAACAAACAAAUAGCUGCGUUAGUGGUGUGGGCGCGCGACAUCCCGCACUUCUCCCAGUUGGAGCUGGAGGACCAGGUGACGCUGAUCAAGGCGUCCUGGAAUGAGCUGCUACUGUUCGCCAUCGCCUGGAGAUCUAUGGAGUAUUUGACCGACGAACGAGAUAAUGUCGACGGCUCGAGAACCACGUCACCGCCGCAGUUAAUGUGUCUUAUGCCAGGCAUGACGCUGCACCGCAACUCGGCGCUGCAGGCGGGCGUGGGGCAGAUCUUCGACCGCGUGCUGUCGGAGCUGGCGCUCAAGAUGCGCUCGCUGCGCGUCGACCAGGCCGAGUACGUCGCGCUCAAGGCCGUCAUCCUGCUCAACCCGGAUGUAAAAGGAUUGAACAGCCGACAGGAGGUCGAAGUUUUAAGAGAGAAGAUGUACUCGUGCCUGGACGAGUACUGCCGACGCUCGCGGGGCUCGGAGGAAGGGCGCUUCGCGUCGCUGCUGCUGCGGCUGCCGGCGCUGCGCUCCAUCUCGCUGAAGAGCUUCGAGCACCUGUUCUUCUUCCACCUCGUGGCGGACGGCAGCAUCGCCGGCUACAUCCGCGACGCGCUGCGCAGCCACAAGCCGCCGCUCGACGCCAGCUCCAUCAUGUAACCAACCGCCCGACACAUCUAUACUGCCUACGUUUAUGUACAUCAAAAAAAGUAAACAAUCUCGAUAUUUAUUAUUUAAAAGUCAUGUCAGAUGCCUGUAGGCGACUUGAAUAAAAUCUGACCAAUGUUUACAAUUAACGCACUGUAACUGUAAGAGAGAACUGAAAUGUACACUUUAAAUUACGCAUUAAUUUAUUAUGUCAUUUUAGUUUGGAUGACCACAGCCGAUAAACAGUUUUGCUUACAAAAAAUAUUUUAGAGCCGAUUACAAGUCUUCACAAAUAAUAACACCGUAAAAAAUUUAAUAUAACACAACACCACGCCUACGACACAGUUUAGUUUUGUAACUAAUUAAAAUUAUUAUUACAAAAAACUCAAGAGAUCGUAAUAUAUAUACCUACUAAUAUGAUUAUGUAAUUUAUGUUCCAUAAAAUUUUAAUUUUCAAUUGAAUGUCUUAAUUUGAUAUAUCAAGAUUGUUUACAUUUUUUAAGUACCUAAACAAACAUCGUAGGUAUGUUAUGUAGCGUGCGAUCUUGGUAGGUACAGUUAACUUUAUGGGAUGGCUAUGGAAGAGGCUGGCAACACCGGAUAAUGAACAGAGCGAGCCGGUAAUCGAACACAAUAUUUUCUGUUUUUUUUUUAAAUAAUAAUUAUCACAAAAAUAUAGGACGUCGACUUUUAGUAUGUCACUAAAAGAUCAAGAAGCGCAAAACAUGAAUGGUAAACGACCUGAUAUAAAAACACCUUAAACAUAUGCCUGUAUCCUAUUUAUGAUGCAAUUUUUUUUUGACACAUCUGAAUUCCGACGUCAUAAAUCUCAUUACUAUGCCGCAACCUAUGACCCGCGGCGUCGCUCGCGUGAUAUCAGACCUUUGGACCCCACAAGCGACGAUGUGUAUAAAAAACAAGGUCGUUACUUUAUUCAUCAUCCUUUGUAUGUGCAAAAUUACUAUAGUGGAACUAGAUUAACCGGUGACGGUGAUAUAUUACAUUUUAUCAUAUUUUGUCCCUAGAGAUUAUUCAAAUUAACGAAAUGUUAAAAUUAUAUGACAAUAUUGUUCGAAGUUUCGCUAACCAAAAAGUAUGUUUUAUUAUUGCAGUUACAUGUAGCUGUUGUAAAUACACUAUAAACCGAUAACACAGCUUAUAUUGUUUACUAUCCGACACAUAUGAAUAAUAUCUUUAAAAGAAAGUACCAAGUGCAGUGCAUUUUUAAAAUGUUAAAAGUAUAUCGUGCGAGAUAUAAGCGACGAUAAGUCCUGUAUUAAUAUACAAAUAUGUCGGAUAUUAAGAAUACAAAUAUAUGUCUGAUACGUAUAAAUAUAAGUAUGUGGUAGGUUUGACCUUCUCAGUUAGGUUGCAAAUGGGGCCGCCUCUUAUUAACGUAGUGGUAAUAUUAAUGUAAUUAGUCCUACAUUUAUUAGAGAAUUCUAUUCGAGUAGAUAUCUAUAGCGAAUUAUAAUAACGUAAUUUAGACUACCUAUAAUUUUAAAGUUUACCAAAUCUCUUCGAUGUAAUUUUGUUGUAAAACGUCCGGUCUUUCGAAUCUAAAUCAGAUUUAUUGAUAUUUAAAAAUUAUAAAAAAAUAUAUAGAAAUUUUGAAAUAUUGCUUCAUAAAAACUUACUGUUGGUGCUUUAUAUGCAUUAUCUGCAUAUCAAAUAUGCAUAGAAUAUCUGAAUGAAAAUACAAUUAUUUUCUCUUUAGUGUUAAGUCAUAAACCUGUAAAUAUACAUACCUUUUAUUGUAUAAUUAUGCAUGUCCUCAUAUAAGAGUAAUUUGUUAUUAAAACAUACUUCACCACAGGUGUUAGACUAUUAAAUGGCCUAUAAAUUUUUAACAUUAUAUUGUAUCAAGGCCAGAUUUAUUUUUAUACCUCUAUUAAAAGAAGCAUUUUGGGCAAUAUUGCUAACCAAAUUAAACAGUAUUAACAUUUUAUGUAUUACAUUAUUGAAUGUAAUAAAUUAAAAUAAUAACUCCGACUAAAUUAAUAUUAAAAUAAAUUGGUAACAAAAUCUUCAACUGCUAUAAAGUACUGAUUCAUAUUGGGUCAUAUGGAUCAUUUAGAUCUUGUAAAAACCCACUUACAUUAAUGCUUCGAUGGAUAAAAAAAGAGAAAUUGUAUUUAUAUGGAAUGUUGUAACAAUAUUCGUUCGUCGAAUUAUAUUUUGUUUUAAUCCAAUUUACGAUUAAAAUCUAAUAUUGGUAGUACAUAAUUUUAUUUAUCAUAAAUCAAUUCAAUAUUAUCAUGUUUUCUGAAAUGCCCAUUUCCUAUGAUGCAUAAAUUGUAGUGGAGAGCUCAAUUCACUAUGAUUAUUAUUAUGAUUAUUAAUGAUCAUAUUUUAAAUAUAGGAACGUGGCUAGCAUAAUAAAUUAAAUAUUUACACGUAGGUAUUUAUGUAAUUAAGUAGAGUGAAGUUUUAACUGCAUUCUGUAAUUUGUUGAUAUGAUAACCAGUGUUUCUGUUAACUGAACGCCAUGUUGAACAAUGAUAUUAUUCUAUAGAUGGGUUGGAAUUUAUGAUGGAGGUGUUGCAGCGGUUGUGAGAUGAUUUAUAAUGAUGUUCACUAAAUAUCUGACUAAAUUUAAGUUAUAUUUUUUGUAUAGACAUAGUUAUAAGAUGAAUGGUAAUUAAAAUGAUUAUCAUCACAUA